GCACCGUGUGGGAGUGUCACAGAGUGCCAUAUUGAACGCCUUGAGUGCGGCUUUCCAGAGAGGCUGAACGGCGACCUGUUCGUUAUUUCACCGCUGUUUGAAUCGCUCGUACCGGGUGUUUGUGUCUGUGGGGACCGGGGCCAUGGCUCGCCGCUCGCUGUGCUCUCUGUGCUCGCUGUGCUCGCUGUGCCUGCUGCUGGCGCUGCUGCUGCCGCUGGAAGUCCUGUCUCAGGACUUUGACCUGGCCGAUGCUCUGGGUGGUGGCGAUGACAGUAAAAAAUCAACCCCUUCACCAAAGCCAGCAGCACCAGCAGGAGGAACAGGAGGAGAGCUCGAUCUGGCGGAUUUCUUUGAUAGCCCUACCACCACCACCACCAAAGCCCCACCCAAGGUUGUGCCUAAAGUCCCUGCAGGCACCAAGAGCCCCUUCAAGCCCAAUCCCAAGCCAGCUGCCGAUGACUUUGACCUGGCUGAUGCCUUGGACCCCAACAAUGACAUUGGUGGCAAAGAUAAGAACAAGGGGCAGGGAGGAUUAUCUGACAGUGAUCUGGUUGAUGUUGGUAAAGACGAUACCUACAAACCUGACAAAGGCAAAGGUGGACAUCCCAGUGGUGACAAUGAUCGGAUUAACCAGUAUGAUGACAACAAUGAAACCACAGCAGAGGUGGGCACCAUUGCAGGGAUUGUCAGUGCUGUUGCCAUGGCACUGGUGGGUGCAGUCAGCAGCUACAUCUCCUACCAGAAGAAGAAGCUGUGCUUCGGUAUACAACAGAGCCUGAAUGCUGACAUGGUAAAGGCUGAGAACCCGGAGGCUGUGGUGGCUACAGAACCACAAGUCCAGCAGACACUCCUGGAGCCACCUAAUGCUGAACCUCCCACUGAAGAGAAUGCUGUGUAACACACACACACACACACACACACACACACACACACACGCACACACACACAAAGCCCCCACCCAACUACAUGCACUCUUUCCCAAACACCCCCCACCUAAAGGAACCCCCCAACCACACGUGCACACACACACACACACACACACACGAUUUAUGAGAACUGUCUAUUGUGUAGCAUGUCCUUGUUGAAGAGGUUGGGAUUUGUAGUCCUGUGCUGAAUGUGAACACGGAUUUAUUUUAUUCUCUGCUGUAAACUUGGCCGACAGUGUAUCCAACUUUGCCAAAUGUAUGUGUAUAUAGUAAUUUAUUGUUUACUUUUCGGACACCACUCACUGACUAAAUGUUGGUUUUCAGUCAUCCAGCCGUCAGCAUGUAGCCUAUGAUUCCUCUGCAGUGAGCCGCGGCUUUAGUCGUAGCAUUAUGCUGAGCUCCAGGCACACAGUAAAGUUGGAAUACUGUGUUAAAAAAUACACAAAGCAGUUUUAUCAUAUUCCAUGUUGGAGAGAAACUCUAUGGGUGUGUCAAGUUGCUUUAAGUUCACAUGGAGUCAGUCACUGUUUGGUGAUCCGGAUUUCAGAUUACUUCAUUGAUUGAUUUAAUCAAUAACUUUAUUCCAAGGCAGAGCCUGAUAAUGGCUUCAAGUGAGCCGGGGAGUUUUUUUUCUCUCUUGAUUGAAAGUCUCAUUAUAUCCUGACUUUAAUACAGCAGUUCUGUUAUCCCCUUUUGAUACACAGAUUAUUUGUCACUAAUCGUAGCUGUUACCAGGGACGUGCACAAGGCUGAACCAAAAUUUCCAGAGCAACUGCCCAAAACAAAUGCAUAAAUAAUAAUAAAAAAAGUAUAAAUACAAAUUGAAUCACCAUAUCAUCCAAACUUUAAUCACUUUUUUGACACAUUGGAAUCACAUUGCGCAAUAUUUCCUCAUAUCAUGCUGUCACAUGAACCAAUCUUAGCUAGCUGGCUAACAUUCCGGAAGCAGGCUAGAUGCUUCUCUGGAGUUAUGCAUGUAACUCUUCUGGAGUUAUCAUACGUGUAGAGACAUGUAGAGGAGUUAUUAUGUAAGUUAGUGUACGUGUUGCAUGUAGGUUAGAGCAACAGUCCCUCAAAAUGUCUGUGCACGUCCCUGGCUGUUAGUUUUGUUGAUGCACAAUGAUGGGAAUCAAAUCUAAACUGGAACAACGCUUUACAGAAUUUUUUUAUUUUUUAUUUUACAGAUAGGUGAUUGUUCAUUGCUCAUUCUCAGAUUGUCAAAUACCAACACUGGGAACGAGAUUCAACAAUCAACUAUCUUCGAGCCAUUAACCCAAAACUAUCUUUCUCAGCUCUGAUUGUUUUUUUUCCGUUCAUAAUGAUAAUGAUGUUGACUGACAAUAUGAAUUUCUCUUAUUCCUACAAAAUGUGACAUUGUUAUUUAAUUUAUUACAUUUUCAGUUUAUUAUAUUGUCAUCAUGAGGUCAUAAUCAGUUUUUACUAUAAAAAUGGCAUUUGUUACAUUAAUAAUUGGUUGGGUCACCGAAGUUUCCCCAACAGGUUUAAUUACAUUUUGACCCACAUGGUAGAUGUGUUGCCCUUUAAUGGGCUCCACUAUUAGCUAAUAAAGUCCAAUAGUGGGUGAGGUACAUACUCAUAGAACUAGAGGCAUGGCAGGUAACUACUGUUUACACCAUGUGACAGUUAUGUAAUUAGUUGCUACAUGCUUCUCCAUCUACACCCUCCUCAUGUUGUCUAUCUUGAUGUACAAAGUUGCCUUAUUCACAUUUGGAUCUUUUUGCAACGGGGUCAAAUAAGGCGUCUAAACAUUUCUGUCUACUUACAACCUGUGACUUUUUAUAGUGUAAAUAGCCUAAUAUUUUAAAAAAUAGACUGUUUUCAACUAGCCUUUACUGACAAUGCCUAAUGAAGGAAGUCUGGAGAAGCUUGGUUUUCCAAAGUGGUGAUUGGUAAAAUAAUUUUCAUUAGAACAGGUAGUGAACCAUCCAUCAGUUUCUUUGUAUCAGACUAAGUGGUUGACAAGGAAAAAGCUAAAACAUUAGCUGAAGAAGAAAAACAAAGUAUUAAAAAAAAGUUCAUCCCUGUAAUGCUCGGUGUUCAGGGAAUUCACAGGACUUGCCACAUUUGAUGUAGCAUAAAAAUGAUGCGAGCUAAAUCGGUUCCACUGCAGUUAGAGCUUAAUAUUGCACAGCGCAUACUUCUCUUUGCUCUGUGGUUAGCUGUUUGAAAAAGAGGAAACCUCAGCAGGCAGUGACGAGGCUUGUGGACAGACAGAAAAUGUGUGAAAUGUGACUUUUGUUAAAGAUACAACAAGCUAAUAUUGUUUGUACUAUGUUUAAUUGUGUGAGUAUUGAGGCGCCAGUAUGUGCAGUAGAACUAUGAAUUUAUCUUUAUCCCAUUGUGGCCAUUUUGAAUUAACAUCAUUAUGGGGAAGAUUAGCUUGCAUGUUGACAUAAUGCUAGUUUUAUACAUUCACCAAACUGAUUUUUAGAUAGAGACCAGACAGCUAUUGGUGCUAGCAUUUGAUAAAGACAAACAAAGACAACUAUUUAAAGAAGGAUUUUUUAGUUAAGAAACACUAACAUCUAGCCUUUCUUACACAAAUAUAAUGUGUAUCCUUGAGGCCUAACAAACACAUGUCCUUGUUUAUUUGCUAGCUAUGCAUAUUACAUUUGUUACCGCAACCAACUGUUGAUCAGUGGACUAGCAUGAAUCUGUUAGCCGGAAUGUGUAGCGCAUAGCCUGUAUGCAUGAGAUAUUAACAAAAUGGAGACACACUCUUAAAAACAUUGCUCCUUAGCACUACUGUAGCCCAAAACUCCAUGGCGUAACCUUAGGCUGGGCAUACACUGUGCGUUUUUAGUUUUAUUCCAACUCCUACUGUACGAGUAAAAAUUGUCUGCAAUGUAAAGCCAAAGCUAACGAUUUAUGUGUAUGUGUAAAAUAGAAACUAAAAUUGCUCGUUGGCCCCUGUGGAAUGUUCUGGCUAUUGAUAAUCGUCAAUAAUGUUUCAUUUGAAAGCUCUGAGGCAAGUAGAAGUUUGUUUGCUGGCAAUGGCUAACAAACGUGUUGCUUUUGAUAAUCCUGUGUGCCAACUGUUGAAACUUCUGUAUGGAUUUUAUCUUGUUCAUACCGGUCUGAUUUUCCAUUCACUGUGUCGCUAAUGCACCUCUGUUUGCCACUUGACGUGACAAGGGUGCGGUGAGAAAAUAGGCACAGACUUUGGGGAACUGACUUGUGGCUCUGCUAUAACUGUACAGGAGCCUGUCAAAGGCUGCAGUUAAAGUUUUUUUUUGACUGUGUCCUAAUGGCUAAUCACUGCACAAAGUGGGCGUGAUUGACAGACUGUCUGUUUCAGGAUAUUGUCUGACAGUGAUUGCACGGUCACUUUGCUUUGCCUUUGGUAGACUUCAAAAUGGCCACCAAUAGGAAAAGAUUUUCAAGAGUGAAAAAGUGGUGUUUGUGAAAGGAAGGAGUUUGAUACUGGUUGAGAUAAUUAAAAAACUAGAAGUCUGCUUUAGCUGUGUAGAUGAAGUUAGCAGCAUUAGUUAGCUUUAGUAUUUUGAAUAGUGUCAUGAGUGCUUUUGGAUGGUUGUACAUAUUACUGUGAGCAGUCCUGUGUUUGUACUAUUAGCAGUGUGUAAGAGCAUAAUAAUGCUCCGUAUUAUACUCUUUAGUGUGUGUGUGUGUUCACACUCUUCACCUGCUCUUUUUACACUUUGUACCCGACUUGACUUUUCCUAAUAGCCUAACCUUUGUAGAUAGUUCCUGCUUUCUGGUGAGUGAGCCUUUUCUGUACUGCCAACGGUUUAUUGUUUCCUAAUGACUCUUGGAGUCUUGUAUGUUUCCGAAUAAGAAAGCUUUUAUUUGGGAGACCUGGGCUGCAUCUGAAACCAUUCACUAUUUUCUAUACUGUCUGAUAUUAAGUCUGUCUGUCGUUUUAUAGCACUGCUCAAAGUGAGGAUUAUUGAAUCCUAUGUAGUGGACAUAAUCCCACGAUUAAAUUUAAAUCUUAGUAAAUAAUGCCACGUUCAGGCCAUGUGUGAUGGAAGGUAGCAAUGGGAAAGAUUUGCAACUUUGUCCGACAACAAAAGACGAUUGUAUGACUGAAAAAUACUGCACGUACAGCACUCUAUCCAUUGAAUUGGUGUUUGUUUACUUUGAAUUGCGGAAUUUAGCUGAGUUGAUAUGCUUUUCCAGACACGUUUUCAAGUUGGGUAUAAUUAAGAUUUCAGAAAAGUGCUUGCAAGUCACAAGUACGACUUGGUCUGGUCUUUACUCUCUCAUUUGUACUUCUGUAAAUCUCCAUGAUUAUGUGAUUUCAGCUAGUGCUUGGACCCACAUAUACCUCUUGAAAUGCACAUGGUUUCAAGCCAAUUAUUUCUUCUUCUACCCCUUUAAAAGCCAACGAACGUGGCAUAAGCAAUGAUCGGUAACCAACUACCAUCAUGCAUUGUUAAUGACCUGAGUAGUGUCUGAUAGAAUAGUCUGUAUCUGCAGAGGUGAAUGUGAUUUUAGAUCUCGGCUCUUGGCCUGCAUGAGUUCUCUUGUCUCAUCCUCAUUUCAGAUACUGAGGGAGUAUGUGUUGUAUGAGCUAUAAAUAGUGUUGGUGUUACAUAUCUGACAGGAUGCAGCACAGUCCUACGUGAGUACCACACCCUGGUCUACUCUACGUUGCCUUGGAAAAGCAGCCGCUACUACCCAAAAUCCCUUUGUGUUGCUCCUUCUCUAAAAGUCCUUGAAACACUCAAGCUGCUGUCAUCAUCUCUGUAAUCAGAGGCUGUUUGCACAAGGAUAUGUUCUUGUCUACAGCAAACUACAGAUUGUGAAACAAACCAAACAAACAGAGGGUUCAACAUUCAAACAAGUCUUUCCAUUUUUUCUGUUCAUAACCCAUUUCUUGAAAAGAGGCCAUGCGACUCCAAUGACUAAUAUCUCGUAAUCAGAAUUUUUAAAUUCUCAAAUCAUGAUAGUGGUGUCAGCUUCAAAUAUACAGUGGAGCUCUGUCUUUUUUUAGGUAUUUUAUGCCUUUAUUAGCAAAGAUUGGAGAAACAGCAAGAAAAAGGUUCUCGGCCAGAUUGAACCGGGGACAUUGCAGUCCAUGUGUGGCAUUGCAGGCGUAGCUCCUAACUUCUCACAUCCAAGUUCCAUUCAACGUUCGUAACAUUGAUUUGAGAAAUUAGUAGCUAUGCUUGUCUUGGGUAAUGUUUGCUGACCAACAGCUAGCUAGCCAACUAGUGUUACCUUGGUAACAGUAGCUAUGUUGGAGAUGUAUACAGUAGCUUAAUUAUGUGGCACUAUGGUUUGGAGCUGCCUCUUGAACUUGUCUAGUGUGUGAGUGUUCGGGGACUUUGAGCAGUUGGAGUAACAAACUUUUCAAACUUGUAAGAAUGGAUAACCUCUCUGCCCUGUCAGCUGUAAUUCAAACGGUGCUUCUCUUUUUGCCUUAUAUCCUGCACAGUCCCACAGGGACAUGCCACAGUAUUCAUCUAAGACCCUGUAGUUGCACCUGAGCAAGAGCAACACCCACGGCUUACAGCUCCUUUGGGUGGUUACCUUGAAAGGGAAGCACCCAGAGGACUGAAAGGUACGGGUGUUUCGUCAAGCUCAGGCAGCAGAGAGCCGUACUUCACACAGAUAAAACACAAAAUAACAAACCUUUCUGUUUACUGAAUGUAUCAAAUAUCUAGCAAAAACCUUUGGCAUGUAGCAAAAAUACAAAUUCACCAAAGAUGUUGCAUUGAUUGAGAUUGACUUUGCCUUUGGGAUUAGAUUAUCUGUUUGUAAGAAAAAGGUUUGGAAGGAAUUGUGAGGGGAAAGGUUGAAUCAGGCCUUGAAUCUAAAUGUUUCACAGACGUCUUUGCCCUCUCAGGUGGAACAUUUUAAUUAGUUUGAUGGAUUAGAAUGAAGAGUGCAUGAACAUUUUUUAAGUCCAUGAAAAUAUAGUACAGAUGUACCUGAUAUCUUACAAGGAAUGUGUACAAUGCUCACUUAGAUACAAGAUGUGUGAAUGACUCUAUUAUUGUCGACACUGUGGAUGUUGAUGCUGGGGCAGUUGGAAGGUGUAUGAAAAGAAAGGUCCAAAGAAGCAGCAGUUGUGUCAUUACAGUAAAAAAAGGUGGUCCUGUUUGUCAGUGAUCAAAUUGUUGCUUUAAAAUUCCUAGCUCCCCCUCAACCUAGGCGGAGCUGAUUGUCAGAGCGAUGCAGAUGGGAAACAAUGCUUCACUUUGGUCUAUAAAAAUCAGUGGUGCGCUCCUUUAAGCCUGUAGCAGACUUGGCUUUAUCUCAAGAAAUUAAGCCUGUUAGCUCGCUUUGUAAAGUGUCCCCCUGGUCUCCAAUCUCUAUGUUAUAAGACAGCUAUGCCUGACUUAUUCUGCAGUGAAGACACCUUGUGUGGAAGCAGUCACACUGACCUCUCCAAACACUCUGCUCCUCUGGUAGACCUUUUCCACCAACCGGUUCAAGCACCUGGUUUGAACCUUUUAGAGAAUUUCGAACAGAAUUAGAUCGGUUCAAAACCUAAAAAGUCGGUUCCAAGCUUGAACAAAAAAAUAGCAACCACAGUGGACAUGUCAUAUAUUACAGGUCGUGCAUUGUGCAGCGCCCUCGGUUGAUGCAUCUGAUUACACUCAAAACUGGUGGAAACACUGGUUUGCUAGAUAGUACCAAAGUUCCAAGAAUGUUUAAUGGAACUGGUUCAAGAACCAAAACUUAUUUGGUGGAAAAGGGGCCAGACUGUCCUCUCAUUGUACUGCACUCUAGUGCCUGUCACCGUGUUAUGCAAAGAGUCACAGUAAAAACCACAAGAGCCCAGCAGGCUAUCAGUGAUUUGAUAUUUGAGGGCUGGCUUUGCAAGGCUACCUGUCACAUACGACACAUACACACCUCUCCAGUAUACUUUUCUCACACAUAUACACACUUUGAUGCAUGCUUUUCUCUACAUACUGUAUACACAGGUACUUAUAGCUUAACGAGUGUUGGACGGUCUUCAUUGCUUAGAGUGUAAUAGUGAACUCUUCUUUCUCACUUAUUGCAUCUUAUUUGCAUCUUAUUGCAAUGAUAACUCUCUGGCAAUAUGUUACGGAUACUUGUUACUCAUAUGAACCAAUAAAAAAAACAUUUUAAAAGACAAAA